GGUGCGGGGAACACGCUUCAUCUGUGAACGGAGCGCAGUGGAGGCGCAGGGUUAACCUGCCGUGCGGAGGGAGCUUCCAUCAGCUCUCUCCAACUUCUCUCUCUGUGCAAAGUUGGGAGUCUUGCAGCCUGGCUCGCUUCAGGAAGGGAGCCCACCUCCUCCUCCUCACCUAAGCUGCGGUCUUCAAGAAGGGCAUCGCGUUCUCGCGGCUGUGCAGUUCCAGAAAGGUACAACUACAAGCUUGGAGCGUCACUAAACUACAAGCAACCGUCUCCUAUUUGUCCCAGGGCUCAGUUCUGCCCUCUCUCAUCAGAUCCAUGAUGGUGCUGUUCCCUGUCCUCGCUGCAUUGAUGCUUGCCUCAGUUCUUGCACAGGAAGGAGACGAAACCAUCACAUACACGCAAUGCACAGAUGGUUAUGAAUGGGAUCCCGUCAUACAGCGAUGCAAAGAUAUCGACGAAUGUGAAAUUGUGCACGAUGCAUGCAAAGGUGGGAUGAAAUGUGUGAACCACUUCGGGGGAUACCUCUGCCUGCCCAGAACGGCUCAGAUUAUUGUCAACAACGGUCAAGAGCAACCUGCCCCUGAACCCGCGCCCGCACCUAAUGGCCGAAACGGCAAUGCCAUAGCUCGAAGGACUGUCCCAGGGAUACAGUGCGCGGCUGGGUUCGAAGCCAGCGAUCACAACGUGUGCCAAGAUAUUGACGAAUGUGCGACAGGCACCCACAACUGUAGGGUAGAUCAGAUAUGCGUCAACUUAAGAGGAUCGUUCAGCUGCCAGUGCACAGCCGGGUAUCAGAAGCGAGGGGACCAAUGUGUCGACAUAGAUGAAUGCACUCGCCUUUCGUUUUGCCAUCAUCGGUGCGUGAAUACUCCCAGUAGCUACUACUGCCAAUGCAACGCUGGUUUUCAGUUAGCAGCCGACAACCACACAUGCGCAGACAUAAAUGAAUGUGAGACCAGCAACCCAUGUGCACAACUGUGCUACAACAUUGUCGGAUCCUUCCUCUGCCAGUGCAAUCAGGGCUUUGAAUUAAGCCCGGACAGAAUCAAUUGUGAUGAUGUCGACGAAUGCAGAACUUCAAACUUCAUAUGCCUGUAUCAAUGUGUCAAUGAACCAGGGAGGUACUCUUGCCUGUGUCCAGAUGGAUACCAAUUAGUCCGAGGCAGAAACUGUCAAGAUAUCAAUGAAUGUGAAGUGGGCCACGAAUGCAGGGAGGACGAAAUGUGCUGGAACUACCACGGCGGGUACCGCUGUUACCCGAGGAACCCUUGCCAAGAGCCUUACGUGCUGUCGUCGGAAAAUCGCUGCGUUUGCCCGGUGUCCAACCCCCUAUGCCGAGACCUUCCAUACUCCAUUGUGCACAAAUACAUGAGCAUCCGCUCAGAAAGAAGCACUCCGUCCGAUAUCUUCCAAAUCCAGGCAACCACAAUUUACCCCAAUACAAUUAACACGUUCCGGAUCAAAUCCGGAAAUGAGAACGGAGACUUCGUCCUGAGACAAACGAGCUCUGUGAGCGCAAUGCUUGUGUUGGUGAAACCGUUAACGGGACCUCGAGAACAUAUCAUUGACCUGGAGCUGCUGACCGUCAACAGUAUGAACUAUCGGUCGAGUUCUGUGCUGAGGUUAACUCUAAUUGUAGGACCAUACUCCUUUUAGCCUCUGCAGCUAAGCCACUCGCAAGCACCCACAGCAGCCAAAGAAAUAUUCCCUUAAAUGAAGCACUUACGACUUUAUUUAUAGAAUUUACGGGGUGUGUUUGUUUUGGUUUUUUUUUAAAGGGGAGGGGGAAACCCCUUUAUUAAGGAAAUUAGUACUUGUAACCACGCUGUUAUUUGCUUAUAAUUCAAGAGUAGGGUAUGUGUUUCAGCAAUAUAACCUGGGCAUUGCCACCUUCUGUAUAAAGACGGCAUUUCUCCCCACCCGAUUCCUCGCGCACGCAAGUCACACACCGACCGCACGGCAGCGCUGUUCCCAUUGAGAAGAGUGGGGUCGCACCCACUGGCUCUGCCCCACACACCCCAUGUGUUUGAUGGAAGCGGUGGAAGAGCGCUGUGUACAUAGAAACCGCACGUGCAUUGGCUCUGUGCACACACCACGGGGGACCCCAAGCACUGGGGCUUUCCAAUCGCAUGAAAGAGUUUGCAUACAUAACUGAGGUCCAGCCACACCUUCCACUGAAUACACAGAGGUUGGGGAAGCAGAAGUACAGGGCUAGAGAGCACAAUCUCACCCCCCCUCCAAUGCGUUCAGUCAUCACAGUUUGGCAAUCAGAAUAGGGCUAUAAUUGUUACCGUCAAAUACAGACUUUUUUAUUCACACACACAAUACAGACUUUUUUA